AUGGCGACUAUUGUGCGAGGAACACUCGUCUCAAAUUCUGUGAAGUUGUUGUUAGAAAAACUCGUUUCUACUGAGUUUGUGGACAACUUUCGGAGCACAAAGCUUGACGUUUCAUAUCUGAAAAAGCUGAAAACAACUCUGACAUGGGUUCAAGAUAUACUUAAUGAUGCCGAGGAACAACAGUUCACCAAUCCAGAUAUCAAGAACUGGUUGAAUACGCUGAGAUAUGAUGUUUUUGAAGUUGCCAAUUUGUUUGACGAAAUCAACUCCGAGGCAUUGCGACGCAAAGCGGAAGCCGAGUAUGAAACCCUAACUUCUUCCUCUUUAGUGUUGAAAACUAUAUUUUCUUCAUUCAAACGGCCUAGUAGUGUGAUUAAUUUUAAAAUGCAAAAAUUUAUUGAAAGAUUAGAAUGGUCGAAUUCAGCGUUACAACAAGGCGGGUUAGGUGUUUUCCAUUCUAGCAGUUUUUCUCAAGAAUUUCCCACAAGCUCUAUUUUAGAUGAUGAAUCUUCUAUUUAUGGAAGAGAAUGUGAUAAAAUAAAACUAAGAAAUCUUUUGUUGUCUAGUAGUGGUGGUGAUGGUAAAAUAAGAAUGAUUUCCAUUGUUGGUAUGGGAGGGAUUGGUAAAACAACCCUUGCUAAACUCCUUUACAAUGAUCCACAAGUUAAGGACAAAUUUGAGUUAAAAGUGUGGGCAUAUAUCUCAAAAGAUUUUGAUGUUAUUAGAGUUCUUGAAACCAUUCUUGAAUCCAUCACUUCACAGUCAAUCAGUAGAGAUGACCCGAAUUCUCAACUUGUUGAAUCUUUAGAUACAAAAACAAAUGGCAAUGGUGAAGUGAAGACCAUUUACCAGAAUAUUCUAAUAGUGAAGCUGCAACAAAUUUUAAGCACUAAGAAGUUUUUAUUGGUAUUGGAUGACGUGUUGGAUGCAAAAUCUGUCGAUUGGAUAUAUCUGAUGGACAUCUUUAAUGCGGGGAAAACCGGAAGUAGGAUCAUCAUCACAACACGAGAUGAAAGAGUUGCAUUAUCCAUGCAGACAUUUGUUUUUGUUCACUAUUUGAGACCUAUGGAAAGUAAAGAUUGCUGGUCUAUAGUUACCAGACUUGCAUUUGGAGCACACUACCAACAACAAAUGGAUGAGUUGGAUAGGAAAAUAGCAAAAAAAUGUGAUGGAGUACCACUAGCUGCAGUAGUACUUGGCAGGGCUCUUUUUCACGCCAAAUUUGCUCCAAAUGAUGAGUGGGAUUUUGUGCUAGGAAGCAACAUUUGGGAGUUGGGAGAUUAUAAGUUAAAAGCUGCUUUACAUUCGAGCUACCAUUAUCUUUUGGAUCCUUUAAAACUGUGCUUUGCAUAUUGUUCAAUUUUUCCAAAGAAGUCCAUCUUAGAAAAAAGGAAGGUAGUUCAAUUGUGGGUUGCAGAAGGCAUAGUCAAAUUUUCCACAAGUCAUAAAAGUUGGAAAAAAGUCGGAGAAGAAUACUUUGAUGAGCUAGUUUCAAGGUCAUUGAUACAUCAACGAUCUAUUGAUGAUGAGGAAGCAAGCUUUGAAAUGAAUAACCUCAUUCAUGACUUAGCUACAAUGGUUUCAUUUCCAUAUUGCAUCAGGUUGGACGAUCAAAUCUUACAUGAAAGGGUGCAUUAUUUGUCAUACAAUAGAGAGUUAUAUGACUCAUUUUAUAAAUUUAAUCAAUUGUAUGGAUUAAAAGAUUUGCGUACCUUUCUAGCAUUGCCAUUACAAGAACAAUUGCCUCUUUGUUUGCUAUCGAACAAGGUAGUACACGAGUUGCUGCCAACGAUGAAAGAAUUACGCUUACUGUCUUUGUCAAACUAUAGGAGUAUCACUGAGGUUCCCAACUCUAUUGGAAAUUUAUUAUACCUAGGGUACUUAAAUCUUUCUUACACUAUGAUUGAAAGGUUGCCAUCAACAACAUGCCAGCUUUACAAUCUGCAAUUCUUAUUGGUGUCGGGCUGUAAAAGGCUCACUGAAUUGCCAGAGGACAUGGGAAAAUUGGUUAAUCUACGCCACCUUGACGUCAGUGGCACUGCAUUGAGGGAGAUGCCCGUACAAAUUGCCAAACUAGAAAAUCUCCAAACUUUGUCUGACUUUGUUGUUAGCAAACAUAAUGGUGGAUUGAAGGUUGCAGAGCUAGGAAAAUUUCCCCACCUACAGGGAAAAAUUUCCAUCUCACAACUACAAAAUGUUAAUAACCCCUUUGAAGCUUCUCUAACUAAUAUGACGGGGAAAAAACGAAUAGACGAGUUAGCUUUAGAAUGGGACUGUGGUAGUGAUUUUUUAGAUUCACAAAUUCAAAUUGUUGUACUUGAAUAUUUGCAACCCUCUACAAAUUUGAAAAGUCUCACCAUCAAAGGCUAUGGUGGAAUCACCUUUCCAAAUUGGCUGGGUGAUUCUUCAUUUAGAAACAUGGUUUAUUUAAGGAUCUCGAGUUGUGAUGAUUGUUUAUGGCUUCCACCCCUUGGACAAUUGAGUAAUCUGAAAGAACUCGUUAUUGAAGGGAUGCAAUCAGUAGAGACAAUUGGCAUUGAGUUCUAUGGAAGUGAUGGUUCUUCAUUUCAACCAUUUGCCUCCUUGGAGAUUCUACACUUCGAGGAUAUGCAAGAGUGGGAGGAAUGGAACUUGAUUGGAGGUAUGGCUACAAAGUUUCCUAGCCUAAUAGUUUUGAUACUAAUUAAAUGCCCGAAACUUAGAGUAGGAAACAUAGCUGAAAAAUUUCCUUCCUUAACUGAACUUGAGUUAAGAGAAUGUCCUCUAUUGGUGCAAUUAAUGCCAUCAUCAGAUCAUGUAUUCGGGCAACUGAUGUUCCCUCUGAAUUCUCUUCGAAAGUUGACUAUAGAUGGAUUUCCUUUUCCAAUGUCAUUCUCAACAGACAAACUACCAAAAACCUUGAAAUUUCUCAUAAUCAGUAACUGUGAAAAUUUAGAGUUCCUUCCAUGUGAAUACUUGGGCAAUUACACAUCACUUGAGGAAUUGAAAAUAUCUUAUAGCUGUAAUUCAAUGAUAUCAUUUACCUUGGGUGUUUUCCCUGUACUCAAAAGUCUGUUUAUUGAGGGUUGUAAAAAUUUGAAAUCAAUAUUAAUUGCAGAAGAUGCAUCUCAAAAGAGUCUCUCAUUUCUUAGAAGCAUCAAAAUAUGGGAUUGUAAUGAAUUGGAGUCAUUUCCCCCCGGUGGAUUGGCCACUCCAAACCUCAUUUAUUUUGCAGUGUGGAAGUGUGAGAAGCUUUCUUCACUACCAGAAGCAAUGUACAAUCUAACUGCCCUUCAAGAAAUAGAAAUUGAUAAUCUACCAAAUCUUCGAUCUUUUGCCAUAAAUGAUUUGCCUAUUAGUUUGAAGGAACUGACUGUUGGCUUUGUUGGAAAAAUUUUGUGGAAUACUAACCCAACAUGGGAGCAUCUCACUUGUCUCUCAGUGUUGCGAAUUAACAGCGAUAGUACAGUGAACGCGCUGAUGGGACCAUUGCUACCCGCUUCUCUUGUGAAACUAUGCGUUUGUGGUCUAAACGCUACAAGCGUUAAUGGGAAUUGGUUUCAAAAUCUUACUUCUCUCCAAAACCUUGAGAUUGUUAACGCUCCCAAACUCAAGUCGUUGUCAAAAAAAGGAUUUCCUUCCUCUCUUUUAGUACUUAGUGUGACUCGCUGUCCAUUACUGAAAGCAAGUUUGCAGAAAAAGCGGGGGAAAGAGUGGCGUAAGAUUGCUCACAUUCCCUCCAUAAUUAUUGAUGACGAAUUAGAACUUUCUCCCUUAGUUAAAAUUGACUAA